AUGGGCAAUAAGAUUAUUUGGAAGGAGAAUUUUGAAAGUAAUAAUAGAUAUGUAGUCACUGACUCAAAUAGUGAUGAUGGGUUAGUUUUGGAUUUUAUUACAUAUCUUGAAAUUAUUGAAAAGCUUAAUGAGAGAGUUGUUGAUUUUGAUGAUAUUGAAAUUAUCAAAGAGAUUGAUGUUUGCGAAUUAGAAGGUAGUGAGUCGAGUGGAUCUAAAAAAAGAGAUUAUGAAAAUGAUAAUAAUUUUAACUUAAAGAGACAGAAGAUUUCUGAUGUAAUUAAUACUUAUGAUGAUGAUAUCUUUGAGAAUUUAGAUAUUAUCAAUCAAAAUAAUCAAUCUUGGGAGAAGGAAACUGUGCCAUUGACUGGCAUCGAUCAGGGUGAUCAGUCUCAGGAGGAAGAAACUGUAUUAUUGACAAGCGUCGAUCAGAGUAAUCAAUCUGGAGAGAAGGAAACUGCAUUAUUGAUAGGUGUUGAUCAGAGCAAUCAAUCUCAAGAGGAUAAAACUUCUUUAUCAACAAGUGCCAAUUGGAAUUAUCAACCUUGGAGAAAAAACCCCUCUCGAAAUUUGAAGUUAAAUAAAUUUUUCAGAGUAUCAAAGGGAAAGAUUGUAAAAGAUGUGCAAUUUCAUAUUAACAAGAUAAAGAUAAGAGAGAUGAAGAUUGGUCUGAUUGUGAGAAGUAUUACAGACUGCAAAAACAAUUUUGUAGAUUUUGUGGAUGUUUCAGAUGUAAAUGAAAAAGUGAUCCAGCUCAUAUUUUAUUAUGUGAUGAUAAUUGUGAUAAUGGCUAUCAUAUCUAUUGCUUAA